AGGAGAAGAUGAAGUACGAUGAGAAGAAAGGGAGCGGCGGCGGAGGAGGAGGAGGAGGGAUAGUGGAGGUGAAUCCGAAGCCGAAGAAGGGGGUGGCGUCCAAGGUGGUGGACUACAUUAAGAAGCUGAUUGUGAAGUUGAUGUACGACUCUUCUCGGCCUCACCACUAUCUCUCCGGCAACUUCGCUCCUGUUCCCGACGAGACCCCUACCGUCACCGACCUCCCUGUCCUCGACCAUCUCCCUGAUUGCUUGAAUGGAGAAUUCGUUCGGGUGGGCCCCAAUCCCAAGUUUGCCCCUGUCGCCGGAUACCACUGGUUUGAUGGAGAUGGCAUGGUUCAUGGCAUGCGGAUAAAAUAUGGCAAAGCUACUUACGUCUCUCACUAUGUGAGGACGUCGAGACUCAAGCAAGAGGAGUACUUUGGAGGAUCUAAAUUUUUGAAGAUUGGAGACCUCAAAGGGCUUUUUGGUUUACUCAUGGUCAAUAUGCAAAUGUUGAGAGCAAAACUGAAAAUACUAGAUGUUUCAUAUGGAACAGGGACAGGCAAUACUGCACUCAUAUAUCAGCAUGGAAAACUCUUGGCGCUUUCAGAGGCCGAUAAACCUUAUGUCCUCAAGGUUUUGGAAGAUGGCGACUGGCAGACUCUUGGAAUGCUUGAUUAUGAUAAGAGACUUGCUCAUUCUUUUACAGCCCAUCCGAAGGUCGAUCCUUUCACAGGAGAGAUGUUCACCUUUGGCUAUUCGCAUACACCGCCAUAUAUCACCUACAGGGUUAUUUCAAAAGAUGGAUUCAUGCAUGAUCCAGUACCAAUUACCAUUUCAGAUCCCAUCAUGAUGCAUGACUUUGCCAUUAUAGAGAAUUAUGCAACUUUCAUGGAUCUUCCUCUUUAUUUCAGGCCCAAGGAAAUGGUUAAAGAUAACAAGCUAAUAUUUACAUUUGAUGCAACCAAAAAAUCUCGCUUUGGGGUACUUACGCGAUAUGCAAAGAACGAGCUUCAAAUCAGAUGGUUUGAGCUUCCAAACUGCUUCAUUUUUCACAAUGCCAAUGCAUGGGAGGAGGAAGAUGAAGUUGUUUUGAUUACUUGCCGCCUUGAGAAUCCUGAUCUGGACAUGGUCAAUGGGACUGUUAAGGAAAAGCUCGAGAAUUUCACAGAUGAACUGUAUGAAAUGAGAUUCAACAUGAAAACUGGCCUGGCUUCACAAAAGAAGCUGUCAGCACCUGUGGUUGAUUUUCCGAGGAUAAAUGAGUGCUACACCGGCAGGAAACAAAGGUAUGUGUACGGAACCAUUCUGGACAGCAUUGCAAAGGUUGCUGGAAUUGUGAAAUUUGAUCUGCACGCUGAGCCAGAGGAAGGAAAAAAGAAGAUUGAGGUCGGUGGAAAUGUUCAAGGUGUGUUUGACCUGGGACCAGGUAGAUUUGGUUCUGAAGCUAUUUUUGUCCCUCGAGAGCCUGGCAUCACUCCUGAAGAAGAUGAUGGGUGUCUGAUAUUCUUCGUACAUGAUGAGAACACGGGGAAGUCGGCAGUAAAUGUAAUUGAUGCGAAAAACAUGUCAUCUGAUCCUGUUGCUGUUGUUGAAUUACCCCACAGGGUUCCUUAUGGCUUCCAUGCCUUCUUCGUGUCUGAGAGAUGGAAGAUGGAGGCGAUAGAGAAGCUUGACGUGAUGGUUUACACGAAAAUGUUCCUGAAGUUUCCGUAUAAGUUCUGGCCUUGUGGACCCGAGAAAGAGUUCUUCAUAUAUGCACACGAACGGAGAGGUUAUUACACAUUCUGGCAGCACAUGGAGAAUGCAUACCCUGGUUCCAAUAUUCUGGUUGUGACAUUGACAAAUGGAGAAUCAAAGCGUGUGGAGAAUCAAUCUGACGAAGAGACACUGAAAGAGGCUAUGGAGGUGCUUAGGGACAUGUUUGGGCCCAAUAUACCUAAUGCCACUGAUAUACUCGUGCCCCGCUGGCGGAAUAACAGGUUCCAGCGUGGCAGCUGCAGCAACUACCCCGCCAUUUUUAAUCAUCAGGUCGUUCAAAACAUUAAGGCACCGGUAGGACGCUUCUUUUUCACUGGUGAACACACAAGUGAGAGAUUCAAUGGUUAUGUACAUGGUGGAUACCUUGCAGGCAGAGACACGGGUAAAGCUUUGUUGGAGGAGAUGAGGAAGGAGAAGGAAAGGAAUAGCCAGAAUCAGUCGUUUUUGUUAGAGCCCUUGUUAGCAUCGACUUUAACACAGACAGAUUCAUCAGUCUCUAGAAGCGUACAACAUAAAUCUGAUAUCCCUAAACAUUUGCAUCUCAGAGGCAAGCUAAGCAUUCCAUGACCCAUCUUAUGACUAGAUGGGCCUGCUGAGACUAGCACUGUAUCUCCUCGAUCGACAAUCAUGAGGAUACAAUCAAUGACGGAGAAGGCCAGGGAGGUAUUGACAGUGAUGGAAGCCCCCCGAUAGCAUAGAAGUAGUUGCCAGAAGAUGCAGACGAUAAAGACAGCGAAUUAUACAUAUUCAAUGGAAUUGGUUUGAGGGGGGGUAUACAUGAGAAUAGGGGGGUCAU